AUUUCAGCUCUAGAAGUGAUGGUGGAAAAUCUAGUGGACACCAAUAGUAAAUUAACUAAAGCAGUAAUAGAAGCACAAAAUAAAGUCAUAGAUUUAACUAAAAAACAUACCGAGGCUUUAAAAAAAGCCAUGAAUGAUACCUCUCAGAUAUUAAAUAAAGAUAAACAGUGGGAAGAAGUGGCUGAUAUUUAUAGUUUACGUGAGGAGGCUGUGAAAGAGGCUCAGAAACUAAAAGAUAGUGCUAUUGAUAAUUUGACCAAGUUACAGAAAGCGGUUGAAGAAGGUAAACAAGAUCCAGUCACUAAGAAAAAUCAAAUUUUAAAAACUAGUCAAGAAAAGUGGAAUAAAUUAACCCAUGAAAUUGAUGAUAUUACUGCACAGGUGGAGAAAGCAGCUUCUGAAUCUCGUGUUGUGUCAAAAUACAAAGAUUUAGUAGAAAAAGGUAGAAAACAAUUCCAGAAAGAAUUAGAGAGUAUAAUGCCUGAUGUUAAAUUAGGUGAAAAAGGAAAGAAAUUAACAGAAGAUGAGUUAAAUUCUAUGAUUGCCCAUGCACAUCGUCGCAUAGAACAGCUACAGAAACAGCUAGCAGAACAACUGGCUGUAGAAUCCCAGAAAAUAGAAAAAGCUCUAGAAUUUCAGCGUAAUGAAGAUGAAAAGUUGAUUCAGAAUAGAGUUAAUGUUGAACGUCAGAGAUUACGUGAACAGUUUAAAUUAGAAAAAGAAAGAUGGAAUGAUGAUAGUAAAGUUGAAUUUGAACAAGAAUUACGUCAUCAUUUAGCCAGACAAGCUGCAGCUCAUAGUGAUCAUUUAAAAGAUGUUUUAAGAAAUCAAGAAGCUGACUUAUCCCAAUAUUUUGAGCGUGAAAUGCAUACCAGAUUGAUAGAAGAAAGACAAUCAUUUCAAACUGAAGUUGCUGGUUGGAUAGCUAGGUUACAGGGUAUUGAAGCAGCUGUUGAUGCCCGAGCAGAGAAUGAAAGAACAGCGCGUACAGCCCAAGAGUUAUGGUUAGCCUGUAUUGCUAUGAAUGGAAUCAUUAGAUUAGGUAAAGAGGAUGGUAUAACAAUGGAGGAUAAAUUACAACCAUUAGCUUCACAAGCUACAGCUAUUACAGAAGCAGCUGGCAAUCAUCCUUUUAUCCAGGCUGUCUUAAAAACAGUGCCUGAAGAAGCAUUAACUAGAGGAGUAUAUACAGAAGAUAGUUUAAAACAAAGAUUUCCCAAAGUGAAAAAAGUUUGUAAGAGGGUGGCCAUGAUUGAUGAAAAUGGUGGAACAUUGUUUCGAUAUUUCUUAUCUUAUGUUCAAUCUUUCUUUAUAUUUAAUUCAGUUUAUGCUACAAGUAUAGACGAUACAGUAGAUAUUAGUGAUUUAGAUACAUUUACUAUUCUAGCCCAUACAGACUAUUAUUUAGAGAAGGGUGAUCUAUUACAAGCCUUAAGAUUUAUGAAUCAGCUACAAGGUGAACCUAGGAAAGUUGCUGCCGAUUGGAUUAAAGAAGCUAAAUUAUUAUUAGAAACACAGCAAGCUGCAUUUGCAUUGACAUCAUUUGCUUCUGCUAGUGGAUUAGGAACAAUAUUUUAA